UUCAGGGUGUAUAAAAUACCUACAAGUAUUGGUAGGGCUGCCCAGCACGAGCGUACGGCAUUCGACGCCGCGCCUCCGACGUAGCUGCUCGCACUCCAAGGUUGCGGAGGAAUUCACCAAAUUAAAUACAACAAAAAACAAAAAUGUCGGUCUCGGAAUUCAGGCGAAAGAAGCUGCUGUAUGUUUUCAACGUUUUUUUCGAUGUCAAUCAAAGUGGGACGAUUGAGAGGAAAGACUUUGAGAUCGCAAUUGAGAAAAUCUGCAGCCUCCGCGGCUGGAAGCCCGGCGACCCCAAGCACUCCGAGACUCACGAGAUCAUGAUCAAGAUCUGGGACGGACUGCGCAAGAGGGCCGACUCCAACAAAGAUGGACAGGUGUCCGUAGAAGAGUGGAUCUCGAUGUGGGACGAGUACGCCCGCAACCCGUCGGCCGCGCUGCAGUGGCAGCAGCAGUACAGCCACUUCAUGUUCGAGCUGGAGGACGCCAGCGCCGACGGCUCCAUCGACAACGACGAGUUCACCACCGUCUGCUCGUCCUAUGGCAUCGACCCGCAGGAGUGCAAGGUCGCCUUCAGCAAGAUGGCUAAGGGCAAGGCCAGCGUUUCCUGGGACGAGUUCCAGGAGCUGUGGAAGGAGUACUUCUCCACGGAAGACCCGAACGCCCCGGGCAACUUCAUAUUCGGGAGAACCAGCUUCUAAGCCGCGCCAAAACAUUGAAAGAUUUUGAAUGUAUAAUUUUGGUGGGGUCUACCAUUGAACCGGGAUAGACUCUUCUGUCUCGGCUACAUAUGGCGAUGCAAUGUUAUGAUAACUAGAAAAUUUUGGACAAAACUGUGUUCAAAUGCAUUUAGCGUAAUUUCUGAUAUAAAAUUUUCUUUAGUGGAUCAAAACUUUAUUCUGUGUGGAAGUAAAUCUUUGAAUUGUUAGAUUACGGAUCUAUUUGAGCUCAAGCGGUUUCUUGUCUUUGAAUGUUUUUCAUAGAUUUUAAUCUUAUGACAACGAAAGUAAACAAUUCACAAUCUUACCAAAUUACAUAAUAUUAUAGCACAUUCUUGUAGCAUUACAUACAUAUCUACUAUACUCUCAACCUUUUCAUAUUAUUACCUAUGUAUUGCAUUGUUAUCUAACUAUUUGUUCAGAUUAUUUUAAUUCUACGCAUGUUGAUCUAAUUUGAAAAAUUUAGAUCGAUAACUAUUCUACGAUUGGAUUGAUCUUCAUACUAUCUAUUACCUAAUGUUUAUUAAAUAUUUUAUGUGUGUUGACCUGAAUAAAAUUAUAUGUAUGUAGGUAUAUAUUUAUCAAAUUUAUUGUCGUGUUAAGCUGCCACAUUAUAGAAUCAAUUAAAUAAAUGAAUGUAU